AUGAAGAGGCUGCAGUACCGUGACGAGCCGCCAGACGGCGGUUGGGGCUGGAUGGUUGUUCUGAGCAGCUUCCUGUCGCACGUCUUCGUUGUGGGCGGCUUCAAGUCGUUCGGCGUCUUCUUCCCGUACUUCCGGGAGGAGUUUAGCGAAGACGCCGCCAACACGUCUUGGGUCAGCUCGAUACAAGGAGCCGUCGUCUUCUUUGGAUCGGGUCUAGCCGGAGCCUUGGGGAACCGGUUCGGCUGCAGACCGGUGGUGAUGGCGGGAAGUCUGGUGGCCGCGGCAGGCCUCAUCUCCAGCAUGUUCGUCACUUCCAUGGCAACCAUGUACGUCACCACCGGGCUCGUCACAGGUCUCGGCUUUUCCCUGAUGUACACGCCGUGUAUCACUAUGGUGGGGCUGUACUUCAACAAAAGACGUUCCCUCGCCACAGGUAUCGGCGUGUCCGGUGCAGGAGUCGGUGUCUUCGUCUUCCCGCCGCUCUUCCAACUCCUCAUCGACAACUACGGCUGGAAAAACGCGCUGCUCAUCUUUUCUGGGAUCAUGCUGAACGGCAGCGUGUUCGGGGCGCUAUUGAGACCGCUGUAUUUGAAGAGUACUCUCACAUCAGGGACACUAGAACACCAAGAAAGCCACGAAGAAGAAACAGUUGGAGUGUGUAGCCGUGUGUCAAACACCUUCGGGUUUUAUCUUUUCAAAGAUCCGUAUUUUGCCGCCUUUUCCUUCUGUCAGAUUCUCAUCAGUUUCGGAGCGUUUGUGCCGUUUGUCCACUUGGUAGCACACGCAAGAGACCUCGGGAUAGAACCGCAGCCGGCAGCUUUCUUAGUUUCUGUUAUCGGCAUCACAGAUAUGCUUUCCAGAAUCGGGUACGGCUGGCUUUCCGACUCUGGACUAUUCGUUAGGAUGAGGGGAUACAUCGUCUGUGUCACUGGCUUCGGGCUUUGCCACAUCUUCGUCCCGUUCGCCCACACGUAUGCCGGGCUGGUGGCGUACUGCCUCUUCUUCGGGGCCUUCCAGGGCUGCUGCCUGUGCCAGGUGGCGGUCAUUCUCGCCGACAUUUGCGGAGUGAAGAGACUGGGCAGCGCCAUCGGCCUUUGCUACACCGUCACAGGCCUGGCGCUACUCUUCGGGCCGCCAAUGGCAGGCCAUUUGUUCGACGUGACGGGGAACUACCAGGUGUCUUUCUGGGUGUCCGGUGGGCUGGUCCUCCUCAGCCUGCUGCUGCUGCUUCCCGUGGAGUUCCACCGGACCGUCACCGCCAGACAGGAUCCCGGGGUGUUGGAUUCCGCCACAGACGACACGGACGGAGGGUACCGUGUGCUGAAUCACACGGAUGGGCCGGAAAAGGACAGAGACGUUUUUACAUCCGAGCUUUCCACGCCAUUUAUUGACAGGGAAACCACUUUACACCAUGUGAUCACGUCACCAACAAUUAUCUACAACAUGGCCAAAAAGAGAAAUGUGCAGUACCACGAUGAGCCGCCAGACGGCGGUUGGGGCUGGUUGGUCGUCCUGGCCACAUUUCUGUCGCACGUUUUUGUGAUUGCAACGUUCAAGUCGUUCGGAGUGUUCUUCCCGUACUUCCAGGAGUCUUUCGACCAGGACGCGGCCUCCACAGCCUGGGUUAGUUCCAUCAUGGGGUCCGUCACGCUCUUUGGGUCCCUACCAGCGGGCGCCCUGUGUAACAUGUUCGGCUGCAGAGCGGUGGUGAUGACGGGCAGUCUGCUGGCCACCACAGGUCUGCUCUCCAGCAUGGCCGUCACCAGCCUGGCCGUCAUGAACCUCACGGCUGGCUUCAUCACAGGUAUUGGUUUCUCGCUCAUGUACACGCCGUGCAUAACCACGGUGGGAAGAUAUUUCAAGAGAAGACUGGCGCUUGCCAAUGGCAUUGGGAUAUCAGGAUCGGGACUGGGAGCCUUUGCUCUGCCUCCUGUGUUCCAGUUGCUGAUCGACGAGUACGGCUGGAGGGGUUCCCUCUUUAUCGUGGCAGGCGUCGCCCUGCAAGGCUGCGUGUUCGGGGCCUUGUUACGACCAAUCAGCCUGAGAGCAGACAUUCAAGAGAAAAGUACUCACGUAACUGAUGAACCAACUUCCAGGAAUACAAACCGUGGACCACUAGCACGUCUGUGCGUUGCUCUGGACCUCUCCUUGUUAAAAAUGCCGUAUUUCGUUGUUUUUAACAUCAUCAUGAUGUUUCUGGUAGUAGGCUUUGGCAUUCCGUUUGUUCAUCUGGUAAAACACGCCAGAAACGUGGGACUGGAGCCUCAGCAAGCUGCAUUCCUGGUCUCGGCGGUGGGCAUUGCCGACUGCUUGGCUAGAAUCGGGUACGGAUGGUUGUUCAGCUUGGGUCUGUAUCCUCUCCUUCGUGGGUUCGUGGUUUGCAGCCUGGGUCUCGGGCUGUGUCUGGUGUUCUUGCCUUUUGCACAGACGUACCAAACUAUGGUGAUCUGCUGCAUAUUUAUCGGUGUAUUUAUGGGGUGCUUGUCCACGAAAACGGCGGUGUUUCUGGCGGAGUUCUGCGGAGUGAAGAGACUGGCGAGUGCUGUCGGCAUAUCCUUUGGUGUCCGAGGGUUCACCAUGCUCUUGAGUCCGCCUUUUGCAGGUUAUCUGUAUGACGUCACGGGGAACUACAACGUGUCGUUCUACGUCGCGGGGGGUAGCGUCCUGUUCAGCAGCUUGAUGACGUCAGCGCUCGAGUUCCAUCGCACAAGGAACGUGCAACGGCAGAACCUCGACAUGCCAGGAUCGGAAGACAUGACUAGAAAAACGCUGUCUAAUGACACAGACGAGAAAAUGGACCGUGAUGACAGCAAUGUUCUUCUUAUCUUUCGCGAGACCAGCGUAUAA